UCAAUUAAAUCGAGGGUGUCGUGUUUAUGGCUAAUUAUCAUCAUCAUCACGAUGAUGACAAAACAAUAUUAUAGAAAAUUAAAGAAAAUAUAUAAUACUUUGAAUACAAUUUACAACCGUUUGAAUGAUGGCUUAAAAUCAUGCCAUUUUUUGUGACUACAUUGAUAAUAUAAUUGUUGAUUAUUUAUUGCAAUACAAUCUGAUUAAAUUACCUCAUAUAACAAUAAUCUUGCCGUAUCUAAAUUGCAUUAAUAAAAAAUUGGAAAAUAGAUGGCAAUAAAUAUUUAUGGAUGGUUGAAAGAAGAUUCAUCUGAAUAAAAACAAAUUGUCAAGCAAAUGUAUAGCAUUUUAUUUUUUUCUAAAAUUUUUGAUUUAGAGUUUUUUCGUGAAUGUCUAAGAAUCCUGUCAAUUCGUCAACGACGAUGCCAUCGAAUGAAUUCAUUUUGAAUGCCGAAGCUCAAAAUAUGAAUAGAAAAUGUUCGAAUAAUGUGCAAAUCUCUUUGGAAUAUCGAUUUUCAUUCUAUUUGGAGCGCUCAAUGAUCGACGCAUUUCAAUCAUUACUUUCUGAUUUAUUUCAUCAAUUAUAUCCAAUGAUGAUUAAUGGAAAGCCUUCUAUUUCAUAUACGUUCACAAUCAUUGAAUGUUUUGAUUAUUUUCGCAAUAUUCCGACAGAUUUACUACGUUUAUAUGAAUUUGACGAUAAAUUUAUUGGCAAUGACUACGAUAAAUAUUCUAAUUUAAUCAAAUGUCAAUUCUUUUAUCAAAUUAAUUCGAAAGAUUCAAGUGAUGAUAAUCAAGAUCGACAAAAAUUUGCCUGGAUACAAGCUCAUGUCCGUCAUCGAAUUCGUCAGCUUUCAUUACAAUUGUCUCUUUUGAAUGAUAAUUUUCUCAACUUUCUACCUUCGAUUCGUUUCGAUUCCCGUGAUUCCUAUAGACGAUUGAAACAAUUGGCCGCGAUCGAUACGAAAGUACAUGGCCUAUUCGAAUGUUGUCGGGAACAAAUUAAAAAGGUCCAUUCUGAUCCCAAAAGAUGGUGCCUUAGUUUCAAUGGUGGUAAAGAUUGUACCGUGUUGCUGCACACAUUGGCUACCAUUCAUCUUGCUAAUCUCAAUGACAAUCAUUCAGAUACUUUGAUAAAUUUAUUGUGGAUAAAAACAUCCGAACUAUUUCCAGAACAAGAACUCUACUUGAGACGUAUUCAAGCAUUCUAUGGUUGCCGAAUGAACAUUUAUCCAGGAGAAGAUUUUAAAUCUGCUCUCUAUGAUGUCCGUAAAAAUGAAUCUUUUGAGUUAGUUUUUAUGGGCUGUCGUAGAACUGAUUUUGAUGAAAAAAUUGGCUCUACAUUAACCACCGUACAGCCCACAGAUGAGGGUUGGCCCGAAUUUAUUCGUAUUAAUCCAUUAUUAGAUUGGACAUAUCAAAAUGUGUGGCAAUUCUUACUCAAUCUUCAAGUGCCUUAUUGUCCCCUUUAUGAUUAUGGUUAUACAUCGAUUGAUCGUCCUGAAAAUACACAUCCAAAUCCAUCAUUGUCGAUACGAAAUUUUCCUUGUAGUAGUCUCAAACAUCAUAACCAACAGACAUUAAUGAAUGAUGAAAAUAAAACAUCCGAGCUGUCAAAAAGAAUCGACCUUGAUGAUGAUGAUGAUAAAAACAACAAAAUCUGUCGCACAAAUAAUGAAGAAAUAUAUUUGCCUGCCUAUCUACUUCGUCGUGAUGAUAUGGAACGAUGUUUUCGACAUUAAAUUGCUUUUCAUUAUAAACAUUUUAAUAAUAAAAAUUUUUGUUAUUAAUUCUUA